AUGCGGGUUCAGCUCUUCUGGAUGUUGUCCUGGCCGGGUGGCCGGAAGGUGGACCGUGCACCGUGGCCCACGGCGGCCCGGGUCGUGGUCGGUAUCCAUCUCCUGCAACGAGGCGUUGCGGGUGACAUCACUCAAGAUGUUUGCAGCAUUAUGGACCGGCCCGCCGCUCAUUUGCGUGGAAUAAUGGGCUACUCUGAGGCCCCUUCCAUGCCAAACGAUUCAGAUAAUAUGGGCCUGGCUCUCUAA